AUGUCGUCAAUACAGGCGCGCAAAGAAGAGAUUCUGGCGAAAAAGGCCAAACUCGCCGAGCUCAAGAAACAACGAGAGCUUCGGCAGAAGGAGUUCACCACCAACCGCCAGAGUCUCGACGUUUCAGAGGUAGGAUAUUGGAGAGACGCUCCAACGAAGUAUUGCGGACUGCUAACUGACGCAUAGCUAGCUGCGCCAUCUCCGCUCCGUGGCAGCAGCGCCAGACGAGAAGACAUCGAAUCGCUCAUAUCCUCUUUAGUCGAUCGACCCUCAUCCGCUUCUGCGACUCCUGGAACGCCCACCAGCAAGAAAGGGACGAGCGCGCACGAGCAGUUCUCCGAUGAUGCAUCGUCGCCGCCAGCCACGUACCGAGAUACAGGGACGGACACCCAAACCCUAUCGUUCACCGGAUUGACGACAGUGUACGAAAUACCAGUCGAAUCAAAGCCCGAAGUCAUAUCAUACAGCAAAGGUGUACAGACCUCGGAACCAUGGCAGCAGCUUGACGACAGCGGAGAAUCAAGUGGAGCAGAUGGUGUAUCGCGUAGUCCUUCAAGAAGACGGAGAAAGCUAAGUCAGCGCGAAAAGGAGUUAGAGGAGGAAGAGAUUCGCCAGCGUCUGCGGCAGGAGAUCGAAGAGGAGCUGAAAGCACUGCAAUUGGAAGACAAGGUGGAACCCGAGAAGGAGAGAUUUCCGGCUCGUGCACUUGCACCGGACGAGUUGAAUGCCGUAACAAGCAGCAAAGAUUUCCUGGAUUUCGUGGAAAGGAGCAGCAAGGUCAUAGAGCGUGCACUGGACGAGGAAUAUGACGUCCUGGCAGAUUACGCCUUGGACUCACGGGAAGUCGAAGACGAUGACGAAUACGUCGGAAGAAGAGGAAGGAGGGUGAAAGAGGUGGCACAAUUUGAUUUGAACGAUGUCAUGGGCAGCAAGCGCAUGAUCAGCGAUAUCGAUUUUAGCCCCAAGUUUCCGGAGCUGCUCUGUACGGCUUAUACCAAGUCGCAGAAAUCGCCCCACACUCCGCCUGGUCUGUUGAACGUCUGGAACAUGCACUUAAAGGGACGACCUGAGUACAGCCUGCACGCCACGUCGGAUCUCUUGUCCUGCUUGUUCCAUCCCUACCAUCCAUCACUAAUUCUUGGAGGAACGUACAGUGGGCAACUCUGUCUCUGGGAUACACGAGCUCGCAAUCAGAGGACAGGCGAGCCUGUUCAGAAGACGCCGCUGACGGGAGGACGCACAGGACACGCACAUCCGGUGUACAAUCUCGCUGUCGUUGGCACCCAAAAUGCUAGCUCAGUGGUGUCUGUCAGCACAGAUGGGGUCGUGUGCGCUUGGAGCACCGACAUCCUGACACAGCCACAAGAAUACCUGGAAUUGCAUGCACCGAAUCCGUCAGCAUACAAGACGGAUGAUGUUGCGCCGACUUGCAUUACCUUCCCUGCCUCGGAUCCCACGUACUUCCUAUCCGGCACCGAACAAGGGUCCAUCUUCCCCGUUCAUCGCUACGAACGCGCCGGUGCCAAGUCUGGUGUCGAUGUCCGGACGAGCUACAGGGGCCACGAAGCACCCGUCACCGGCAUCGACUUCCAUCCCGCGCGAGGCAAGAUCGACCUGGGAGAUCUCUUUGUCAGCUGCGGCCUCGAUUGGAGUGUCAAAGUCUGGCGCGCUAGACCACCAUCAACUACAUCCAGCACCAUUUCGGGGAACACGGAAGUCAUCAAGCCCCUUCUCGAGAUCCAACGCGAAGACAGCGUCUACGACGUCAAGUGGUCGCCGACCAAGCCGGGCAUCUUUGGCUGCGUCGACGGUGGCGGCCGCCUGGAUAUCUACGACAUCAACGCCAGCUCGGAAGUCCCCGUCGGUGGCGCCCGGCCCAGUAACCAAGAAAAGGACGUCUACGCGCUGAAGAGCUUGAACAAAUUGGCCUGGGAGAAGACUCAAGGUCGCCAUGUGGCGGUCGGUGGUCUGGAUGGCGUGACGACUGUCUUCGAAGUGGGAAGCGAACUAGGGGGCGGGGACACGAAGGGCGAUGCAUGGCAAGCCGUCAAGAAGUGGGUUGGCAGACAGACGAAUUCGAGAGGGGAGGUGUGA